AGCAGCUUUUUUGGCCCAAAUUGAGGGAGCCAUAGUCUCUGUCCAAAGCUGCCAGGUAUCUAUGCAGCCCUUGGUAUAUUUGGCAGUCCGGGGUUGGCUUGGCUGGAUUCAAUUUGUGGAGCGGUCCAGAAGAGCUUUUUUGAAUAGCUCUUUAGUCUUGGUGGCCGCUGGGGCUGUGCACUGCUGGGCGGUGGUAUAUUCACUAUUUGUUGCCGUGCACACGCGGGCAAUGCGUUUCAGUGGGUACCACCAAGGCAGCAGCGAGCAAUUGCCACAGGCAGUAGCACUCACAGAGACACUCGCCGUCAGCUCCUUGUGGGUUUGGCUCAUUGCCGGAUUCACAACGGCCGCCGUGCGGAUGCUUGACGAGGAUGCGGAUGGAUUGCCUCUAGGAACCGAGGAUCUCAAGUGGGGGCCGAUUUUGCGUUUCAUCCGGUCUCCUUUCCUUCACAGUGCUUUGGGGCACGCGCAUUCAGUGAGCUGUGUGGGAUUGUUUGUCAGCAUCAUCUUGCUUUGCGCGACAAUGGCUACAAUGAAAGGUGGCAUUACCGUUUGCGAGUCCUGCCUGGCAAUUGUGGCGAUCGGCUUUGCCUUUCCCCAUAUGGUUUUGGCUGGAAGGCGCUUGAGCGAUUCAGCUGAUCAAGCCCUCUCUGAAGUGCUUCCAGAUGACAGCUUGGAAGCUGCAGCAGCAGAAGCAGCGGCAAUUGGACCUCAGCUUUGUGUUAUUUUGUCCCUCGCAGAUGCUCCUGGCCAUGCAUAUUGGUGGCAGAAUCUCAUGUACACCCUGGCGUCGAUGGCAUUCAUUGCUGCUGUCGUCGCCAGUGCCCGUUCGCCUGCAAAAGUUGCCAACGUUGCCCUGCCGCCAGAGAAGAGUGAGAGCUUCGUCUGCUUGACCAUGGAUGUGAUGACGGCCCUUUCAAUCAUUCUGUCCUACCCACACCUCAACACAUGGUUCCUCCGAAUCGGUGUGGUUGCAGUAAUUGGUUGCGGAGUUGCAGCGCAGUUUGGCCCAGUGCGGGAAAUCUACUUGGACUGGCUGGAACCUAUUUUCGUCAUCCGAAGUGACUCCCACAAGAGAGUGCCAAACCAGCAAAGACAGCUUAUAAAGAUCAUCUCGUGGGCUGUCUAUUUGCGGAAGAGGUGCGUGAAGGCAUGUUUCCCGAUGUGUGUUCUUUUUGAAUCGUUCUCUUCAAGGCCAACAGGAUCACAUUUUCCCCACCUUCGCUUGCGCAGACCCAGUUCCAGGGUCUCAUGGGGCAAUAGAUUGCCAAACGAAGCACACAUGCACUUUUCACGCUGUGAGCAGCUGGAAGUAGCCCAGAGUUUGUGUAGCGUUCCUCAUUUGACGGACUCAAAGUUGUUGAAAGUCACUAGGCUGCUUCCAUAAAUGCAGUGCUAAGCACUUUAGACGGGACGCAUGUUCAACAUCAUCCGAAACAUAGGUCG